CCUUAAGGCAGAGCUCCCAGGGAGAAGUGCAGCCCAGUGACCAGAGACAGCCUUGGCAUGAACUUGGCCUCCAGGAACUGGCCACUGGUAGGUGUUGUGGCCAUUCAAGGACAUCCAACCAUACAGAAAGAAGAACUUUGUUCCUUUCUUGUCAUUCUGAAAAACUGAGAACCCCAGAGUCCUGUCUUCAUCAUCACACAGGAAGUGAGCACUUCCUACUCAAUCAGGAUUUUGAGCCUUGAAGUCAUACAGGCUCGAAAAGCCCCAGAAACAGAGACUUCGUGGACAAAAUCCUUUGAAACCAGAAGCCCACCGCCUUUAUCAACAAAGUAAACACAGAAACCAUUUUCUUGACCUGGAGAAGCCAGGAUGGAAAUUUCAGUGACCCCAAACGACUAUGAUAUGACAACAGAAUUUGACUACGGGGCUGCAACUCCAUGCCAAAAGGAACAGCUGAGGGCCUUUGGGGCCCAGCUGCUGCCCCCCCUGUACUCUCUGGUGUUUGUCAUUGGCCUGGUCGGCAACAUCCUGGUGGUCCUGGUCCUCAUGCAAUACAAGAGGCUCAAAAGUAUGACCAGCAUCUACCUUCUCAACCUGGCCAUUUCUGACCUGCUCUUCCUCUUCACGCUGCCCUUCUGGAUUGACUAUAAGCUGAAGGAUAACUGGGUUUUCGGUGAUGGCUUGUGUAAAUUGCUCUCAGGGCUUUACUACACAGGCUUGUACAGCGAGAUCCUUUUCAUCAUCCUGCUGACCAUCGACAGGUACCUGGCCAUCGUCCAUGCCGUGUCUGCCCUGCGGGCCCGGACUGUCACCUGCGGUAUCGUAACCAGCAUCAUCACCUGGGUCCUGGCCCUCUUGGCUUCCAUCCCUGGCUUGUGCUUUUCCAAGACCCAGGGGGAAUUCUCUCAUUACACCUGCAGUCUUCAUUUCCCUUCUGAAAGCCUAAAAGGGUGGAAACAGUUCCAGGCUCUGAAGAUGAACAUCUUAGGGCUGGUUUUGCCUCUGCUGGUCAUGAUCUUCUGCUACACAGGGAUUAUAAAGAUUCUGCUCAGACGGCCAAAUGAGAAGAAGGCAAAAGCCAUCCGUCUGAUUUUUGUCAUCAUGAUCAUCUUCUUCCUGUUUUGGACCCCUUACAAUCUGACCGUGUUUGUUUCUGCUUUCCAAAACUUCUUUUUCACCAAUGAGUGUGAGCAGAGCAAACAGCUGGACCUGGCCAUACAAGUGACAGAGGUGAUCGCCUACACGCACUGCUGCGUCAACCCUGUGAUCUACGUCUUUGUCGGCCAGAGGUUCCGAAAGUACCUGCGCCAGUUGUUCCACAGGCUCGUGACCGUGCACCUGGCUAAGUGGCUCCCCUUCCUCUCCAUAGAGAGGCUGGACAGGGCCAGCUCCAUGUCCCCCUCCACCGGGGAGCAUGAACUCUCUGCUGGGUUCUGACUCAGGCCCUUGGAGGCCCAUCCAGUACCCUGCGAGAAUGACCUGCCAGGCAUGCUGGCCAGAGAGGAGGCAGCUUGGCUGUCCCUGCCAGAUUCCGACACCUGCUGCAGCACAGAAUUGCACCACCCAGGGUUGAGGAAGCUUAAAGGUGGUCUAGACUAAACCGCCUCUGGAGCUUGAGUCCUCGCCACGAACUUCUCCCCGGUGGAAAGGAAAUAAAUGUGCAAAAUGGGACAAGAGGUGCCAGGGAAUGUCUUGGGCCCAAACAGGAUUUCAAAUUUGUGAACAUUAACAUUUGUAAACAAAGCCACUGUAGCGUCCCCUGACCCUACCCUACCACCAAUGAUUUCGGAAGCAGUGAUUUCCAUGGUUGACUCCACUCUGAGCCCCGAGCCAAUCAGAAGCCACAGCCACCUCCAUCCACCCACCCACCCCAACCCCACUGCAGGGUCAGGCUCUCAGAAACCCUGAGGAGCACAGAACUCAUAAUGGAAGAGCUCGAGACCUAAUGGGAAGCAGGAUUGAGGAACUGCUAUUGGUGGUAGACCUAAGAAAGCCCUGAGAGAGAAUUUUUAUAUUCACUACAGUCCCACAGUUCAGGCAGCGGGCCAGACACAGCCCUUAUAUAUAUUGUGUCGUACUUCUUGAAUAGCUAUAGAGGACAGAGAGUCAUUAUUUCCAUUUACCAUUCCUUUGUUUCUGAAUAUUUUUCAGAAUCUCCCUUCCCUAUAAGUUGGGUGAUGUGGCAGUAAAUUCUGACAGCUUUAUUGCAGAAAUCACUAACAGGCAAAAGGAGACAGUUGAUUCUCUUCCUCUGGCUCUCCAUCCAAGCCUUCUGGUUUUCUGGAUCAGGGUUCGGGCUGCCACAUUGGACCCAUAAGCGAAAAAUUGCCUCGUGUGCAGGCUGAUGGUGUUUGAGGCUGGGAAGCAAGAGAAUGCCUACCAGGAAGGCUGGGGACUCCAUCUCUAAGAAGGAUAAGAGAGCCCUUAGCUCAAAGGAACUUAUUUACUCUAGCGUCCUUAACACUUCAUCUCUCACCAAGGAUCUCUCAUUUAUCAUGUCUUUGUUACCUGUUUCCUCAGACAUAUAUUUCUUUUAAAAUUAUUUUUCCAAUAACAAAAAUUGUUUCCAAAAAAGCUUAAAAAUACAGAGGGGGGAAAAAGCAGAAUCAUCUAUAAUCCCACUACCCAAAGACAACCACUGUAUAUUUUUUAAUGUAUUUUCUUUUAGUUAGUUUUUUCCUAUGCAUAUUUAUGAUUGUAACAAAGAUGGACUCCAAUUGUACUCACUCUUCUGCUGUUGUUGUUUUUAAGUACUAGUAUGUUGAGAUCACUUUUCCAGGCUAAUAAAUCAUUCCAAAGCA